AUGCACGCGACUGCCGGUUCCAUAAUCGGUAUCGGUGAGAUUGUCCUCCUGCCAUUGGAUGUUCUCAAGAUCAAGCGACAAACCAACCCUGAGGCUUUCCGAGGCCGUGGGCUGUUCAAGAUCAUCUCCGACGAAGGGCUCGGGCUGUACCGUGGUUGGGGAUGGACGGCAGCACGUAACGCGCCAGGGUCAUUCGCACUCUUCGGUGGUUCCGCUGUCGCCAAGGAGUACUUCUACAAACUCACCGACUACAACUCGGCCUCAUGGUCGCAAAACUUUGUCGCCUCCAUCGCCGGAGCCAGCGCAUCGCUCGUCGUCUCUGCUCCUCUCGAUGUCAUCAAGACGCGUAUCCAGAACAGGAACUUUGAGAACCCCGAGAGCGGCUUCAGGAUCGUGUCCAACAUGAUGAAGCACGAGGGUCCCACGUCCUUCUUCAAGGGACUGACGCCCAAGCUGCUCAUGACAGGACCCAAGCUGGUCUUCUCCUUCUGGUUGGCCCAAACACUGAUCCCUGCUUUCGGCAAAAUAAUGUAA